AUGGAUUAGGAAUUAUUAUUUUGGGAAAAGUUUCUAUAUAAUUAAAAUGAAGUAAGUUGGGAUGAAUUUAGUGCUUCAUUUAUAGAGUUUGUCAAAAUAUAAGAAGAAGUUGAGAUGGAUAAUGAUUAGUUGCUUUUUAUUAAAUGUAAAAUAGAUCCAGAUUAUAGAAAUAUUAUAAGAAGAACAGAUUAUGUAAUAUUCUAUGAAACUGUAUUACAAUAAUAUAUUCGUCUUAGUAUUGGAAAUCAAAGAAAGAGAGAUUAAACUUAUUUUAAUACUAGUUCACUUUAUAAACAUUUUAAAUACCAAAAUAAACUUUAAGGCAUCUUAAUCUAAAAGUUAUAUAUAUAGCAGAUGGUUGUCCUACAUAUUUUAAAGAUAUUUAAAUAACAAGAACAACUUAGAAUAAUAUACCUUUAAAAUAAGAAGAAAUUUUCACUGUUGGUUAUAAAAAAGAAUGUGAUCUUUAAAUAAUUAAUGAUAGAUAAGUGAAUCCUAUUCAUCUAAAGAUAAUUUGGACUCCAUAUAAUAUAUUUUUAAUUAGAGACAAUUCAAGAUCAUUUCGAACUAGUUAACGUAUACAUUAAUAACUUAUACUUGAUGCCUUUAUGAUUAUUAGACUUAAUCAAAAUACAUAUUUUAAAGUUAAAUUUAUCUAACCUAUGCCUAAAAUUACUACUUAAAUCUCAACUUAUGAAGAUAAUAGAAAUCCUAACAUUACAGAUUUAGUUAAAUCUCUACAAUUAUAUAAAUCAGUCUAAGAUUAUAGAGAUAAAUAUAAGUAACUAAGUUAUAAUGAAGAUUUACCUAUUUUAGUAAUAGAAUUUAUAGAAGGAGUACUUAAAGGUAAAGAAUUCCUUCUGAAAUCUGAGUAGGAAUAUAUGUUAGGAUCAGGUUAGAAUUGUUCAAUUGUAAUUCCUGAUUCUAGUUUGUAAAGAGAACAUUGUAAGAUCUUAUUUAAAAACAACUAGUGGUUAAUUUAACCAAAAGAAUCCCAAUAUUUAGAUCCAACACAAUAUGGAACAUUUGCUUUACUUGCUAAUGAAUAAUAAUAUGAAUAGUAUUUACCAAGCAAAUGUCAUGUAUUACAUGAUGGUAUGAGAAUAGUAGUUGGUCCUAUUCUAUUUUAAGUUCAAUAUUUCAGUUGA